AUGACGAAGUCUCCAAGUUCUGUGAAUGCUCAUCGCAUAUUCCUCGCCAUUAAGAAUAAGAAGUUCACACUGGAACACGCAUGGAAGGAGCUCCGCUACGACCAGAAGUGGUGUGACCUUGGUACUGCUAAGACCGAUGGGAGGUCGAAGAAGAGGAAGUGUGACGACGUUGCAGAAUCAUCUCCCUCGGAAGCUACUGCAAACAAGCGUCCUCCUGGCAUUAAAGCUGCAAAGGCGAGUGGUAAGAAGAAGGUGCAAUCACUGGGCGAGUUUGAGAGUAUGUGGACAAUCAAGCGCGAGGAUUUGAAAAUGAAACAGGGUAACCAUAGGAUGAGUCUGCUUGACAAGCUUAUGGGCAAAAAGGAACCUCUGACAGAGAGUGAGGAAGCCCUCAAGCAGAAGCUCAUCGAUGACAUGAUGUCUCCUUAG